ACAUUUUCUAAUGUAAAAUGAUCUCGAUGAAAUCGAACAAGACUUUUAUUUUGGUCUGGUGAUGUGACGUCAUAAGGCUGCGCCGCGCUCCUACAUCUGUGAUUUAACCGAAGAAAUGUGCUGGCUUUUAAUCAUUUUAAGUGUUUAAAACUCGUUAGAGAAUUACACGGAAGAUACAUUGUUAGCCAAUGUAACACUGUGAUGCGUUAUUUAGUGACAUUGCGGUCCCUGUUUAGUAAAUAAUUUAGCUUAAACGAAUUCUUCCACUGGUAAGUGUUGAUAGAAACUGAAUCAAUUGAUUCACGAGACGAUUCACUGAUUUGAAUCGAUCGAAUCGCCGCGCGUCGAUGACUCUUGCUGCUCAAAACAACGAACACGUGAUAAUGAAAACUUUUACACACAAACUGCAGCUGUUUUUAUUAAAGUGUGAUCUGUUAAAUAAUUUACAAGUCAGUAAAUACUAAAUAGAAAUACAAAUGUGAAAGUUGUGAAUGAUAUGUGUCUUAUGUGCUAGUUUUGGUUGUUUGUUUUCAUCAGGUAAUUCUUGAGGUAAAUCUGAACUACAGAUUUGGUUUGGAUUCAUAAUUUCUUUCUUCUGUUAUUUAUUCUUUUCUUAAACAGUCCAAAAUCACAGAAAAACACCCGGAGAAACAGCCGAGAUCCACGUGGCACUAAUAUAAAGAUGGCAUUUGUUAAAGAGGAGAGUGAAGACGUGAAGAUUGAAGAAACAUUCAGAGUCAAACAUGAAGAUACUGAGGAACAAACAGAUCCAUGUGACACUAUUAUAAAGAUGGCAUUUAUUAAAGAGGAGGGUGAAGACAUGAAGAUUGAAGAAACAUUUAGAGGCAAACAUGAAGAUACUGAGGAACAAACAGACCUGACAACACUGAAAGAAGAAAGCCAUCUUCUCAAUGAAGAAAACGACGACUCUCAUUCUGAAAAGAUUAAAAAAAGAGAUCAAAAGACAGCAAAUAGAAUAUAUUUGACCUGCCAACAGUGUGGAAAGAUCUUCAAAAAAAAAUCUGACCUCAAGGUCCACUUGAGAGUUCACACUGGAGAGAAGCCUUUCACCUGCCAACAUUGUGGUAAGAGUUUCAACAGAAAAGGAAACAUUGAAGUUCACCUAAGAGGUCACACUGGAGAAAAACCUUUUACCUGCCAACAGUGUGGAAAGGGUUUUAUUCGAAAAGCAGACCUUACAUAUCACACGAGAGUUCACACUGGAGAGAAACCCUUCACCUGCCAACAGUGUGGAAAGAGUUUUACUAAACAAGGAAACCUUAAAGAGCACAUAAGAAUUCAUUCUGGAGAGAAGCCUUACACCUGUAAGCUGUGUGGAAAGAACUUCAUUCGAAAACCACACCUUACAAACCACAUGAGAAUUCACAGUGAAGAGAAGCCUUACAUGUGCCCUCAAUGUGGAAAAAGUUUUACACAAAAACAACACCUCAUUGUCCACAUAAGGAUUCACACCGGAGAGAAACCUUUCAGCUGCCAACAGUGUGGAAAGAGUUUCACUGAAAAAGGAACCCUUAGAAAACAUAUAAAGAUUCACACGCGAGAGAAGGCGUUUACAGGUGAUCAGAGUUUCAGACGUGAAGUAGGUCUUUAACAUGUUGUGAUUUACUGUUCAGUGUGCUACUUGAUCAACUGCCAAGUUAAAAUAACCCUAACCCCUAACCCGGAUAUGCUCAUAUGUAUUUGUCAUUUGUGUGCUUUAAUAAAAUCAAAGGUCUAAAAAUCCUUAAAGUGUUUAGAU